UGGACCCACCAGCGGUUCCACGGGCCGAGUGAGCAGGAUGGAGAACAGUGUGGGAAAUAUCCCACAUUGUGAGGAGCAGCUGAAAACCACACUACACUGUGAUGACAAGGAGAAGCUUCGUAGGAAGUUGGCUCUUUUAAAAAGAGAGUACCUCAGGACAGCCCAGAGACUACAGCGUGCUGAGUGUUCAGAAGCAGUGCGGAGACAUGUGAGGAGCAGGAUUACACAGCAGACCCACCAGGACCAGCAAAAUCUAGAGGUCACAUCCAACCCUUGUAUCAUCCCAUCUUCACUGACGCUGGAUGCUCAGAAUGGGACAGCCUCAGGUGGACCUCAGUGCCAGGGACACACUGGAGGUCCAACAGAUUCUGAGAACUCCAGGAGGAGCCAGGUGAUCAGGUUCCUGCUCCCCUCUGAUGCCACCUGCCCGCAAACCCCAGAACCCAGCCGUGACACAGCUCGAGGUGACAGACCCACUUCGGCCCUGCGCCUCAGGUCUCGACGCAGCCGCCUGCGCUGGGAGAGGAGGAGCGCUGAGGCUGGCAGGAGCACAGACAACAGUGAGGAAGGACGGGAGCAGAGUGAAAGGAUGGAGACUGCUAAAACAGAAGGGGAGGGAGAGAGAGUGAAAACAGAGGUUGUGAAUGAAAGUGAGGAGCUAUAUUCUGGUACAGAAUCCGAGUCACCCUCUCUGCUGCUUACACACUGGAACACUUGUGGACAAAUUGAAACGGGAAAUAUAGAGGGAAAAGAGAAGCAAGGAGGACAAGAACAAAGAGAGAAAGAGACUGAGUUGAGAGCUGAAGGGGUAAAAGAAUCAGAGUCAACAUCUUCGCUGCUCACAUGUUGUAACCCUGCGAUACACGCUGAAAAAAGAGGACAAGAUGGUGCACAAAAUGGAAGAAGAAAGGAGAUAGAAAGAGGAGAGGAAGGUGACAAUAGUAGAGGACAGAGGGAUAAAGGGCUGUGUGAAGAUGUUAGUAAUAAAGAUACUAAACAAGACCCAGCAGAGCAAAUAGAAAGUGAAAAACAUCACAAUAACACAGUAGAAAUAAAAGAAGAAGAGAGCGAGAUGGUUGGAGGUGAACAGGAUAUAAAGGGUGCAGGUCUCCUGGACUCCUGUACCCUUGUGGACGGACUACUUUUCCCAGCAGAGUACUAUGUCCGAACCACAAGACGUAUGACGUCUUCACAGAGCCAGCCUGACAUGCAGGCAGUCAUACUCUCCCAGCUGAGCAUGGGACGAUAUCGCAGGAGUCGAGGCCGCGGCAGAGGACUGAACAGGCACACACACAACCACGAAGGUCCAGAUCAACUCUCUCAGACAGAGUUCUCCUCACUGGCGACUGCAUCGCCAUCUGUAGGACCUGGUACGGAAUCACAGGCAGCUGAAACGUCUGCUGAGCUGAACGGUCAGGGCUCCAGUGAGAUUUCAGGUCAAUUGUCAGUUUGCCAGAUUGACACCGAUGUUUGUUUUUCUCCUGCUGUCACCACUGCUCGUCCAGCAAGAGGUAGGAGGAGGCGAAGAGGCAGGGGCAGAGGGAGACCUCAGACCCCUCGAUGUUCUCGUAGUUUGGACACCCAUCAGCUAGGCCUUGCCCAAACCUCAGAGGAUCCCCAGCCCACCAGCUCCCUGAUCUCUUUCUCCCCAGCUCUCCACGGAGCUGACGGACCAAACCCCAGCCUCACUCAAGGAAAAGCAGUUCCAGUUCCAGACAGUCCCCAUCCUGCAUCUGCCCACAGCACAACUACACAGCCUUCCUCUGGAGCUCAGUCUAGCUGUGCCUCUGGACAUCAAGUCUAUCCGAUUUUUCUGAAGAGCAGUGGCCGGACUAACAGAUCCACGCAGAUAAGUAGAAACGCAGCAAGCUGGCAGUCUCUCCUCUUGCCCUCCUCUCCACCUGGCCAAACUUCUGUGCUUCCCCUCCCCUCUCUGCAUCCUGGCCCGCUGGUCAACAACCUGAUGAACUUUGACAUUCCACAAGAUUUCCAUCUCCCAGAUGACCAGUUUGCUUCCCUAAAGCUGCACAAGCUCCGCCAAGUGGCUUUGGAAUCAGGAGUUGAACAUUUCACUUCGCCGUCUUACAAUACACGCCGGAGCAUCCGGCGCUUUGAUACAUGCCACAGCAGCUGUGAUCCAGUGAUGUCUUUGCCACUGCCGCUCAGCCUCACACCCACAAUCUCAAAUUUACCCCAUCCCACUGAAGCAAAACAAACUGCCACACAGUCUGCAGACCUCCAAAACUUAUCAACAGAACACAAGCUUACAGGUGAAUUGAAGCCCCAGCCCAUAACUGAAGAGUCACCUGAGCAGCAGACUGAAGAACCUAACCCAGAGUAUCAGACUCACACCACUUCACUACAGUCUGUGUCAGUGGUUCAGGAUUGUCCUGCAAACUGUGUUGAUCAAUAUAAAGAGAAAGAUAUUAAUACUGUGAAUACUCAUAGCCAGAGUGGCAACUCAGCCAGCAAUACACACAGAUCUGAUGACCAGUCUGUCAAACCACAGCCUCACACCAACUUUGCAGACAAUCCUGCAGGCAAAGAGAAUGAUUACAUCACCGGGCUCUCAUAUGAACUUGAAAUAAAAGAGUCUUCUGUCAUUUCAUUAGAAGAACACACAGACUGUCCUGGUGUAGUCCAUCCUUUGGAGGAUCCGAGGUCUACAAACCACCUAACAGAAAACAAAGCUAUUGUCAAGGCUCUUUUCUUUGAUAACCCUCUACAGAAAACUCCUAAAGUGCUUUCUAGCAGCUGCACUGCUGUACAGGCAUGCAGUGACAGUGUCACUGAGGGUCCUCCUGUGCAGCAUCUGAAUGUGAAAUCUCCUGCUGAAGAGUCAAAGGAAUCCUCCGAACCCAUCACACAUCCUCCUACAGAAAAUAAAAAUCAGGAUAAGUGUUUACCGCACCACAGUGUCCCCUCCCAGCUCCUGUUGAGCCCUCCUUUGGCGUCAGCACCCUUCAUAAGCCCACACCUGCACUCCUCUGCCCUCCCCUCCACCCCUUCAUUACCAUCACUAGGACUCACCCCCCACCCUGUCACUGCCGGCCUCCCUUCGACGUCCCUUCCCUCUGCCCCAGCUCUUACCCUGCCUCCCCCUCAUAGCCCGUCCACCCAGGCCCUCUCACCCCCAGCUCUCUCACCCUGUCCGUCACUCACUUCCAUCCCUCCUAGCCAGCCCCCCACCUCUCCCACCGGUCAGAUCCAGGCUUCAUCUGAGCCAUCCCAGAGGCUUGAACCAGCUACCUGCCCGACUUACUCCAGGAUCCAGUCCCAGGGCUCCGGUGGGCUGGUGGACCUGAGAACAGAGGAGACAGCGGAGGAACACAUGAUGAGAUGCACACACACACUGAAGGCUCCAGCAGGAGGUUGUCUGGUGGAUGCAUGCUGUCUGCCCGGAUCCUCGGGAGUUUUGUGUGUAGCAGCAGCUGGAAAGUGGGCAGUGUGUCUCUGGAGUCAGACUUCAGCUUCUGACUGGAGCUUAAUACACACCUGGGUCUUCAAUGAGCCAGUGAUCAAUGUGUUUCCUGUCCCUGAUGGUGCUGGGCUGAUGUGUGUGACUCUGGGUCAGUUGGAAAUCAGAGAAGUGAGGAUGCUGUCGUGCUCCAGCCUCUUGCAAGUGCCGCUCUGUGAGGGCCUUGUCCAGGCUGCCGUGGGCGUGUCCAAGUCCAGAGUGGCUACCUCCUCCCACUCAGCACCUGGUUCCGCCCUGCAGGUGUUUACACUGUCCGACAGUGGCAGCACACUGAGCUCUCAGCCUCUUGCAUCCCCUGGUGUUUGUGUCGGGGCCCUCGCUCCAGUGGACGGACUUCCAGAUGCUCUGAUUGGCACAGAUGAGGGCGGGCACCUCUUCAUUUGGAAUUUAAAGACUGGACAGCUGCUGAAGAAAAUCCUCCUCAGAGAUGGUUUAUCACACACAGCCUGUCUCAGAGGAUACUCGUACUGUGGAGUGUUAUUUGUCCUCCUGCAGCAUCAGUUGCUCAGCUCUCUGGAGGAAGAAGAGAGACAGGCCAGAGCUAAAGAUCAAGUGGAGGAGGAGAGGGAGAAGGCCGCCCUGUUCUCUUUGGUGGCCGUCAACCCUCUGAGUGGAAAAUCUUUCCUGGCUGCUCAUCUGUGUCCGCCCAAAGCCUGGUCUGGCAGGCUGUGCGAAGCUGACGUGGACGGCUGCAGCGUGGUGGGCCUGAGUCAGAGCGGCUGUGUGUGCAUGUGGCAGCUCGGGCGUCGGGGGACCCCGAGGAUGGUGUGGGCUCCUGAGAGCGAAGGCUGGCAGCUGGCACGCUGGGGAGGAGGGGGCACACUGGUGACUGGACAUCACAAUGGAGACGUUACUUUACACUCUGCCACUAACAUUUAAGACUCUUCCAUUACUUUUAUCAAGUCCUCCUGUCACUGUGUGAAGGUUCACAUGAAGAUUUUAACAUGGCUUCAGUUGAGAGACAUCUUUUAAAAUACUUGAAUGUCACAUUUGUUCAUUCUUCCGGAUCCUGAAGGCAUUGCUUCCAUUAAAAACAUUCAGCUUGAGGAAAUUCUGCUUUUAUGUGUCUCUAUAAUCUCCAGGCUGCUGUUCUACGAAGAUAAAGACAUUUAUAUCCUGUAAACUGAACAUGUUCAGCAAGUCACUGGACCACCGAUACAGCUUUAGUUAGAAAAUAACCUCAGUGAGGCUGGAUUGUUAAAGGUGGAGUGCUUCUAAACUGAACAUGAACACCGGUAUCACACACUGAACCCUCUACUCGAUUCUGAAAGCCAACGUUUGUGUUUUAUUACUGCUGUUCUUUACUGUGCUCAUUUGAAUAUGUUCUUUGUAUUUCUCAUAUUUAAAGAAAAAUAAUUGUACCUACAGUUUGUUUUUAAUAAGUUACAAUAAACAUUUGUGAAUUUUGAUGUAUGUUUA